CUAACAUCCACUGAGCAGGCUGCUGCAUAAACACGAGUAAUUACACACUGGCCAAGAAGGAUGCAGGGAAAGGCAGAGGGAACAGUAAGGGGAAAGGCCCUGAGCCGGGCAGGGCCCUCUUGGUGUGUUCAAAGAGGAGCAAGGGGACCUUCCGGGGAAGGAGUGAGGCACGAGUAGGGCGGCGGGAGGAAGGCACAGGUACCGAAAAUCCAGAAAUAUACACCACGUUUAGACAUGAAUCCAGGUUCAAUAGGGAGCCAUAGUCAAUUCCAGAGGCCAGUGGUUAAGCAGCCUCUGCGACCUGUAUGGGGAAUGGGCCUGGACGGCUGGCAGGAGUGGAAGAGGCUGGGGCAGGGGUCCAGGUGUCAGGUGCUGGAGACCCGGAGUGGGGGCAGCGAGGAGGGGCAGAUGCCAGACAAGCGCAGAUGGGGAGCCCUGCGUUGCCCGCACCGCAGCCUCUGCAGGUCCACAAAGGCCCUGGUCCGCGGGCGGGUGUGCGCGGGGCAGCACACGCUCCCAGAGCCUGGACGCCCUGCCCCCGCCCGCCGCCCUGGCGCGCGUCCCGGCACCUGCGCGCACGUGUCCUCGCUUCCUGCAGCCCCGCACACCUGCGGUUGGGGCGCCGCGCACCCCAGCCGGCGGGCCGCGCGCACGGCGGAGCGCAGUCCCGCGCACCGAGGAGGGCGGCGGCGGGCACGCGCCGGUGGAGGCGCGCACGGCGGACCCGGGAGGCGGCGGUGGCGGCGGCUCCUGUCGGCUCCGGGCGGCCCCCGCGCCGCAGCCCGCGCCGUGUCCACGGCGGAGCCGCCCAGGUGCCCACGAGGAUGGUGGCGUGGCCCUAGGCCCAGGCUCCACACCAUGACCUGCUGGCUGUGGGUGCUAAGCCUGCAGUUCCUGCUCCUGCCCGCGGCCCUGCCCCCCGCAGGGGGCUGCCCGGCCCGCUGCGAGUGUACGGCGCAGACGCGCGCGGUAGCCUGUCCCCGGCGCCGGUUGACUGCGGUGCCCGACGGCAUCCCGGCCGAGACGCGCUUGCUGGAGCUCAGCCGCAACCGCAUCCGCUGCCUGAACCCAGGAGACCUGGCCGCCCUGCCGCUGCUGGAGGAGCUGGACCUGAGCGAGAAUGUGAUCGCGCACGUGGAGCCAGGUGCCUUCGCCAACCUGCCGCGACUGCGCGUGCUGCGCCUCCGCGGUAACCUGCUCAAGCUCAUCCCGCCCGGCGUCUUCACACGCCUGGACAACCUCACGCUACUGGACCUGAGCGAGAACAAGCUGGUCAUCCUCCUGGACUACACCUUCCAGGAUCUGCGCAGCCUCCGCCGGCUGGAAGUGGGCGACAACGACCUGGUGUUCAUCUCGCGCCGAGCCUUCUCCGGGCUGCUGGCGCUGGAGGAGCUCACCCUGGAGCGCUGCAACCUGACAGCACUGUCAGGCGAGUCGCUGGGCCACUUGCGGGGCCUGGGCGCCCUGCGGCUGCGCCACCUGGCCAUCGCCGCCUUGGAGGACCAGAACUUCCAGCGGCUCCCAGGCCUGCUGCACUUGGAGAUCGACAACUGGCCGCUGCUGGAGGAGGUGGCCGCCGGCAGCCUGAGGGGGCUCAACUUGACCUCGCUGUCCGUCACACACACCAACAUCACCGCCGUGCCCUCCGCCGCCCUGCGCCACCAGGCUCACCUCACCUGCCUCAACCUGUCGCACAACCCCAUCAGCACGGUGCCACGCGGGUCCUUCCGCGACCUGGUGCGCCUGCGUGAGCUGCACCUGGCUGGGGCUCUGUUGGCCGUGGUGGAGCCGCAGGCCUUCCUGGGGCUGCGGCAGAUUCGCCUGCUCAACCUCUCCAACAACCUGCUGUCCACGCUAGAGGAGAGCACCUUCCACUCAGUCAACACGCUGGAGACGCUGCGCGUGGACGGGAACCCGCUGGCCUGCGACUGCCGCCUGCUGUGGGUCGUGCAACGCCGCAAGACCCUCAACUUCGACGGCCGCCCGCCGGCCUGCGCCACCCCGGCCGAGGUCCGCGGCGACGCGCUGCGCAGCCUGCCAGACUCGGCGCUCUUCGAGUACUUCGUGUGCCGCAAGCCCAAGAUCCGCGAGCGGCGGCUGCAGCGCAUCACAGCGGCCGCGGGCGCCGACGUGCGCUUCCAGUGCCGCGCCGAGGGCGAGCCGGCGCCCACCGUAGCAUGGGUGACCCCGCGCCACCGCACGGUGACCGCCGCCAGCGCCGGCCGGGCGCGCGUGCUGCCGGGCGGCACGCUGCACAUCCGGGACGCACGGCCGGGGGACAGCGGCACCUACACGUGCGUGGCCAGCAACGCGGGCGGCAACGACACCUACUUCGCCACCCUGAGCGUGCAGCCCGAGCCGGCCGUCAACCGGACCCUGGGCGAGGGCCGCAACGACACGCAGGUGGCCGCGCGCUUCCCGCUCGACCUCACCACUAUCCUGGUGUCCACCGCCAUGGGCUGCAUCACCUUCCUGGGUGUCGUCCUCUUCUGCUUCCUGCUCCUCUUUGUGUGGAGCCGCGGCCGCGGGCAGCACAAGAACAACUUCUCGGUGGAGUACUCUUUCCGCAAGGUGGACGGGCCCGCCACAGCGGCGGGCCAGGGGGGCGCCCGCAAGUUCAACAUGAAGAUGAUAUGAGAGGCCUUGGGGCCCACCGCCCGCGGCCCCCGCCGCUGCGCCUGCGCCGGAAGCAGCGUCUCCGUCUCCGUCCGAGCCCUCGCCGGCUGGCGGCUGGCCCAUCUGACGACCACCUAUGCAUCUCCCAUAGGGGGCGGCCGCGAGCCGACUCCUGGCAGAACUUCCCCCUUUUUUUGUAGGGACCCAACCACAGAACUGUUUUUUCAUCAGGAUGCGUCUUUUGCAGAGUUUCUCAAGCGUUUUUUUCUAAGGGUGUCACCCUGUCUUCCUGCCCCUGGUGUGGUUGCUCAGCUGGGAGAGGGUGGGAUGGGAGCUCAGAGAUCCAGGGUCCUCAACACAAAACAACUCACACCUGGUGGAGAUGGUCUACACCUGGAAUCCCAGGGAAGGCAGUCCCGCCUCCGGGUCAGAGCAUGAGAGAGCCCACUCUGUUCACACCUGGAUACCCCCCUCCAACUACACCAGAGCACAUACUUACACCCAGGACAUACAACCACGAUGCACAGAUCCAGAGGGGAACACACACACACCCCUCAUACCCAGCUGACACUAAGCAGGUGCCCCGAGAUCACCACGGGCGCUUUGGGCUUUUGGUAGAGACCAGUCCCCACCUCGGCCAGGCAGCUCACACCUGAGACCCGUUUCUGCUCACACCCAGACGUUCACUGACCCCUGGCUCCCUCUCAGCUGGCCACUUGAUGCAGACCUCAGGUGCUGAGCUAAGGUCUUGCUGGUCAGGCUCACCCUGAAGGGGUCCAGCACACAGGAUGGCCCCUGACCUGCUGGCCCAAGUCCCUGUACCCAGACUCCCUCCCACCAGGACCUGCCAGCCCCGCAAGACGGGCUGCCAGCUAGGAGAAGCCAUUCCUCCAGUUCCUCCCACCAUCCCUCAGCUGCUGCUUGCUUCCUGUGCCCUCACCACCCCGGAGGGACAGCUGUCCUGGCCCCUGGUCCAGGAGCAUUGCUUCCAGGGUGUCCCUUUCCAGCAGGCCAGAUGGCGUGACCUUCAGUCCUGAGUCUGCACCAUCCCUUCCCUGUUGACCACUGCUCACCUUGGGAAGGAGACAAGUGUCUGGAUGGUUCUGAGGGUCCUUGUCAUGUGCACUGUGGGGGCAGUGACAGCAAGCAAGGAUGGGACAGAGGUUCAAGCCACAAGGAAGUCCAAAUCUGGGACAUUAGGAGAUGACAGAGGCACCUUUGUCUCUGCAACACUGGGGCAGAUCUAGGGCCAUUGAGUGGAGAGUCACAGGAAGACUGUCGCUCAGGUGAAAGAAGGUCAUUGCCCCAAGGUCAUUGCCCUGUUGCUCUACAGGUAGUGAGUUCCCUGUCACUGGAGAUGUGCAGCAGGAGCUGAGGUUUUGCAUAAGCAUUCAGAUGCCAAACAGGAGCCAUACAUGACCCUGCCUCCCCUAGCCUGGUCCUUGCCCCCACUCUUUCUACCUCGGCCAGACAAACAGUUGGGGGGAAGGGGCACAGGAAGUGUUGUGGGGCCAGACCUCAGCCAGAGAGGAGCUUGGCUACUGACCAGGUUAGACAGUAUUCUCACGGACCUUGUAAGAAGGCUCUGUUUUCACCCAGCUGUGUAAUCUUGCUUGGCAACUGAAGGCCAUUGAUGUCCACGUCUAUAAAAUCAGUCUGAUGGCCAAACCUAUUGCUCCAUACAUAGAGGCCAGGCCCAUGGACAAGCUUGAUGAUUGACCUGUUUUCUGGAUUCCUCAAGGUCUUUCUGAGACAAGCCAGAGGAAAAAAGUGUCUACCCUGGCAAUUUUGAGCAAAGGAUUCAGACAGAACUUGGGAAUGGACACUGGCCACUCUUCCUGGGCUAGAAACAUUAGGAGGCCCUGGUCCUGCCCCACAUUGUGUUCGUGGGCCAACAGGACAGAGUGGCAGGCUACUGACCACAGCCAGUCCAGGUGGGGACCCCCACUCCAACCCCGUUCACGGCAGGACAUGGGGAGAGCCGAAUGGGGUGUCCAGCAGCCCCAUACAGAGUCGAACAGAAUGGACUAGUUUUUUUUUUUUCCCUUAGCAUCCGCCUGACCUUGGUUGCCAUGACAACCCUGAGGGUCCCUCAAAAAACGACAUCCAAGUGCCUUUAGCAUCAUUAUGACGAGAGGGAGUAUGUUCUCGACAGUGUUAGGACAGUGUUAGGACUCAUAGAUCGUCAGUGUUAUCGGGAUCUCCCAGCCCCCCUCUGCCUGCCCCCACCCCAACAUGAACCAACACCCCUUGUCCCCUCCCACCCUUACCCUGCUGUAUUUGG